GGGUGUUUGAAAUGAAUUCUUUGGGGGAGUUCUCCGGCUUUGAAUUGCUAUGUUAGCGUCAGUCCAUUCCAGUCGAAAUGAGUUCCCACUUGUCAUUGACAAACGUUAGCGAGUCGAAUAAGAUGCGCCUCAUCUGCAGCACGGAGGCUCUUAGGUUAGGGGCGGAUGAGCUGCGGCUGAUUACAGCAUUUGCUGACCUAUGCACAAUUACUGCAUUGACGUUUGGGAGCAGUUGUUGUCAGUAUUGGGAAUAAUCAAGACCCUGAUUAAGCCUAAAUCCUUCAGAUUGAGCAGUUCAAGUACAAGUAUCUGUGACCUGCCUGCCUUGCUUGGGAAUCGAAGUUUCUGCUCUCCCUCAUCUGUGUGUGCAGCACGGAAGUUCGUAUGUAGAUCUCACUAAGUAGAGAUAUUGAGGUAAGGGUCUCAGUAGGUGUAAAGCAAUGAAAUGCAUUUUGAAGAUACACUGCAUUGCCUAGUGUAAUGGGUAAAGACAAACUUUCACAAACCACCAACGGUGAAGCCAUCAACGAGGGUUGCUCAUCUAGUGAGAGUAAUGAAUCGGGAACCUUAUCACGUAACAGUUUAGAAAAGGAGGCAGGUCUUCCAAUUUGCCGUGUCUGCCAGUGCGUCGAAUCCGACAAGCGUGGGGACAUUGCAUUGGAGUUUUUGGGCAUUACUCCUCCUGUACAGGAAUCAAAUAAAAGCAAUGGGGAUCCAAAGGCUGAUUCCAAGCUUGAAAGUUCAAGGAAUGAUAGGAGAGAUUCUGGAUUUAUCGAGAUAAUCAGCCCAGAAGGGGAGAUCUAUAUUUGUAGCACUGAUUUGGAAAUGGGUCAUCAAGGAGACUCUCUGUUGGAGCUUGGCUGUUCUUGUAAAAGCGAUUUAGCACUUGUACAUUAUGCUUGUGCACUCAAAUGGUUUAUUAACCAUGGAUCGACCGUGUGCGAAAUAUGUGGGCAUGUAGCCAAAAAUAUUAGACUUGCUGACUUCAAAAAAGUUGUUAGCUCUUUGAAGGAUUAUGAAGUGUUGAGGGAAAGGACAGCUAGUGGGGAACCUAAUCCUGUACAGGUGCAUGCAUCCACAGGCGUGGAUCCUGAUGCUGUUGCUGCAGUCCGAAGGCAACGGCUCAGUGAGAUUUCAUUGUGGUUUAAUCCCAAUCAUUACAGCAAUAAUGUUCAUGCUGUACAAAAUAGUGCUGCAGCUUCACAAGCUGCUUCUGAACCGCCUUCGGCUACUGUCCCUGAAGAUAAUGCCCCUGCUGAAAAUCCUGCAACAAAAUGGGCUGUUGAAGGCACCGGCAUUUUGCUUGCUACUGGAUUGCUGACUGUUACCCUGGCCUGGCUCAUAGCUCCACGAGUGGGAAAGAAAACGGCUCAAAGUGGUCUUCAUAUUCUGCUCGGUGGCGUUUGUGCUUUGACAGUUGUGGUCUUCUUCCGAUUUUUUGUGCUUACCAGGAUCAAGUAUGGACCUGCACGGUAUUGGGCAAUCCUCUUUGUUUUCUGGUUUCUUGUGUUCGGAAUCUGGGCUUCAAGGACACAUGGGGCUCAUGGAGCAUGAUGUCAUUCGUAUGAUAGUGGUGCCAAACAGGUUGUAUCCGCAAAAUGUGUUGUUAUACAUAAUCAGUAUUGCUUCAGCUGUUGUAAAGGAUUAUUUAGGCCAUUCAUGAUUCAACCCCCAGGGCACUGUCAUGCACAUAAGAUCAAUGAACUUUAGUACGAGUCGUCCAUAUCUAGUGUAUGUUGAUAUUGUCAAUUGCUAUUCUCGUGUUUGUAUUGAGGAUCGAGGCAAAGUUUGCGGGAAUUGCUGUAUUUUCCUUU